UGAAAACGUGAUAGAUGGAAGCCCAUGGAACGUAGCGGACGACGGUGGCUGAGGCAGAGGUAGCGGCGCGGGCGUACGAAAGCUCCGUACUAGCGAUGCCGUUAGCGCAGGUUCGGGCGGGCGGCGAGGCACGAGGCGGCGGGCGGACUGUGGGAGGUACCGUUAGUGACGUCACCACUAUGACGUCGCGGCCGUGACGUCAGGCGCCGCGAUAUAGCCACCAGCCUCGGCGGCGGCGGCCUCAGUAUCGCACCGACCGUCCGCCAGCGCGUAUACUUCCGCGCGCCCCUUCGCGAUCACCUACGAGCGAUUGACUGUGAGUGAGUGCGCGUGCAGUGAGUGCAAUGUGCUCGGCCGCAUGAGGAUCCUUCUUAGCGAAUUGGGACUCUCUGGCGCGUGCCUCGGUCUGACCCUGGAGUCGCGCGCCGAUUCUCUGGAUCCUGACAAGCCAGCGCCAGGUCAGCGCCCGCUCCACCGUCCGCGUCCUUCCAAUUCUGUGUUUAUUUUCGCUUUCGUUGUGUAGAACCUCUGGUGGGUCUGUAGACUUUGUGUGGAACUGUCGUGACGAUGGCCAUAGGCUAGAAUGCGAGGUGCGUUGCUGACGCCCUCCAGCCAACACUGUGGCCUUAGACAAUUCCUUAGCACACGGCCGAGCGCACUUGAGCCGCGCUCGCCAAGCGCUUUCUCGCCUAACUCCUCCAGCAUGCUACUGCUGCAAACACACAGCAACUACGGUUCGUCCUUCACUGAUUUGUUAUCGCCUCAAUAUCAAGAAGACUCUUCCGAAAUCUUAGAAGAGAACUUAGAUCCAUUCCCAGACGUUGAGUUUCACGCACCUAUACUCCCUGAAGUAAAAUCUCAACGUGCAACUCCAGUGAGCGAAACACCAUCGCCUAUCCUCGGGCCAGCCUUGCCCAGUUUUGAAGAAACAUACUCCGUUCGUUACCCGAAACAAGAAAUGGCAGAAUUCGGCAUCAAGAUGGAUGAAGACUGCUACAACGUUAGUGCUUACUCUCAUCAAGGACAUGCAUCAACACAGCUAUUGUAUCAAUAUCAUCAACCUGCAUUACCUUACGUUCCAUCACCUUACUACGCACCCGCUCAGCCGUGCUCCCCGACAUUUGAUACCGGUGGCGUGACAAAUGCGCAAGAAGCAUAUUCAUUGCCACCAUUUCCUAGUUCAGUGGAUCUACAUAUAUCUUCCGACCAAGGAGCUAGGCAACGAAGAUCGUCCUUGCCGGUUCAGAGAUCAGAGUCUAGUAGUUCUAACGACAGUCCCAAAUUACACGGCAGCAGAAUACACUGUAUGCAAGCGUCAGCGCCGAGCUCCGCGUCGAGCUCGCCUGGUGGACCUCAGCAAGACAACUCCGGUUCUCGGGCAGCUCCACCAUCACCGAGUCAACUCUGUGCUGUUUGUGGAGAUACGGCUGCAUGUCAACAUUACGGAGUGCGAACUUGUGAAGGGUGCAAAGGAUUUUUCAAAAGAACUGUCCAAAAAGGUUCUAAAUACGUUUGCUUAGCUGAAAAAUCGUGUCCAGUGGAUAAGAGAAGAAGAAACAGGUGUCAAUUUUGUCGGUUUCAGAAGUGUCUUGCUGUAGGAAUGGUGAAAGAGGUCGUGCGGACCGAUUCGCUUAAAGGGAGACGAGGGAGAUUACCGUCAAAGCCAAAAUGUCCGCAAGAAUCACCACCGAGUCCGCCAAUCUCUUUAAUAACGGCAUUAGUCAGAGCGCAUGUCGACACGUCUCCUGAUUUUGGCAAUCUUGAUUAUUCACAAUACAGAGAGCCGAACCCGAUGGAAGUACCUAUAUCGGAUUUAGAAGUGAUCCAACAAUUUUAUUCAUUAUUGACAACGUCUAUCGAUAUGAUAAAAAUAUUUGCGGAGAAAGUCCCUGGCUUCGGCGAACUUUGCCCUGAAGACCGAGAACAACUUUUCGCAUCAGCACGGCUGGAAUUGUUCGUCUUACGUCUCGCCUAUCGCACUCGCCCGGAGGACACUAAGCUCACUUUCUGCAAUGGAUUGGUUCUCGAUAAACGACAGUGUCAAAGAUCUUUUGGAGACUGGUUGCACGCUGUCCUUGAUUUUAGUAAUACACUGCACUCUAUGGAUAUUGACAUCUCUACUUUUGCCUGCCUGUGUGCAUUGGCUCUUAUAACAGAGAGACACGGUCUGAAGGAGCCGCACCGAGUUGAGCAGUUGCAAAUGAAGAUCAUCGGAUGUCUGCGCGCGCACAUGCCCUGCGGCGGCAACACCAACGCCGCCGGGGCGCCGCACUUCAGCCGAGUCCUAGGCGCGCUGCCGGAGCUGCGGUCCCUCUCCGUGCAAGGGCUCCAGCGAAUCUUCUACCUGAAGCUCGAAGACUUAGUGCCCGCGCCUCCUCUCAUCGAGAACAUGUUUCGCGCCAGCCUGCCGUUCUAAUCACUUCGGACCCUAUCCAGACAUCCCGAGGACCACACCCGCCUUCGAAUCCCUUCAUUCUCCUCAGUCUAGAGCCGACUCCGUUAUUUUUAUAAGCGUAUACUUAGAUUAAAAAUAUUUUUCUAGAGACUAGUACAGGACUCGAUCUCCGCGGAAUCGGUUUAUGCUUGUUGUAUGAAUUAUUACUUAAUUAUUACGUAUUGAUUAAUUUUAAGUAAGAAAAACAAUCUUACCAUGUAGGUACUUUGUCCAAAUUUGUUGGACGCUUAGUUGAUAAACUUAAUUUAUUGUAAAUGUAUAUAUUUGUGUGAUUCUGUUUUAUCUUAAAAAGGUAUCUAAAUAUUUAGUAGUCUGCAUUUAAGUUACCGCUCGUAAUCAAUGGCAUCUCGUCGUACAAAAUAUUCCUACGUUAUUUACUUGUGUAUUAUUAAAUAAGAAAAAUCUAGUCACAAGACUUACAAAUGUUAAAAAUUUGGCUCGUAAACACCGAAUUUUAUAGAAAAUUUAUGAGUAAUUAAGAUUAUUUGUUUUAUAAUUGAGUGUGUGUGAAAGAAAUGUGGAUUGCAAGCCUCUCGAAAGCGGCCCGCGCGGAAACUGUGCGACGGGCCCGAAGGUUCGGCCGAGAACGUAUUCGUAGAUGGAAGUUACCUUUUAGGUUUAAAUUAUUUUAUAACUAUUUCAUAGAAUGUUAACGUGAAUUGUUAAAAUAAAUAUACAUUUAAGGUAAGAGAAAAAGUUCAGCAUCCCUAUUAUAGACUCCCAACUCCAACGUGUCUUAAACAGUACCUUCUUAGAUAGGUAGCUUAGAAUUUUCCUUUUUGUAAAUGUUAUGUACUGUUUUAACUAAAAUAUUACUGUAGUAGUCACCUAAACAUAUCAAUGUAUUUACUUAGUAUGUUGUAUAGUGUCGUGGCCGUCAAUGUAUGUGAUUUUCCUGCUACGUAUAAAUAUUUAAAUUAAAUUACUUAGUAAAGCAGCAUAAAGUAUCGAUUUGGACCAAAACGCUAAUAAAUUAACAGUUUGGCAUAUAAUAAGAAAAUAGCUUAAAGCACUAAUUUAUCAAAAUGAAAAUUUAUUAGUGAAUUAAAUUCACUGUACAGUCCAAUAAUAAUAGGUAUUUAUUUUCCAAACUAAAUUAUUUAAAAAAGUUAAGGAUCAAAAUUUCAUAAUUUAUAUAACAAUUUUUUUGUCCGGUCAUAGCUUUAUGAGCUAAGAUGUAGGACCUGAAUGCGAUGUGAGCUUUUUGAACCAUCCUUAGAUACAUACUUAGUAUCGGAUUAUUAUCAGCUCCUUUUCAGUGAUUUUUAUCUAGACAACGACAUUUGUGUCAUAUUAUUAGGUAGGUGCCUAAGCUUUACGCUAACGUCAUAUAAAAAGCUGAAUGGUAGUCAGUCCAUUCUCCUACCUCAUGUGAGUAGGGUAGCCAAACGUGAAGUCUGGAUCAUUAUUACAUACAAAGGUAUGUCAACCCAUCGGACACCGUUUUAAUAUUUAUGAGUGUCCAGCGAAGAAUUGCUAUAAAACUUGUGUCUGGAUACUGAGGACAUGGAUUCUUAUAUUAUCACUUAUUAUUUGUAUUUGAAGCAUUGAAAGUUACCUGUUACCUGCUACAUCCCACAGUGACUUUCAACUCUAGUUACCUAUGUACUCGCAUUUAGAAACGGUAGGAGCAUGGCCCACAUUAGCUUUUGACUGCGAGCUCACUUGAUGUUAAAUGACAUUGUAGUCUAAGAUGGUAAGAAAAACUUUAAGCAUGUACCUAUAAGAUGAGGAAAGUCUAGGAACCACAAGCUAGACAGGGCACACGUAGGCUCGAGUAAAAUCAGUGCAAAGAAGCUAUUAGUACACUAGGGAUAAGUGAAGUGUUUUCCUUCUCAAAGUUAGCGGCAUAUCAUCUUAGGCUCGUCGUAAACAUUUGCCAUCUUACGAUAAUUAGUGGGCGCUAAAAUGUCAAUUGUCAUGGUAUCAGUAAAACAGAGGCAUUAAAAUUCCCAUUAUACCUAGUACCUACCUACCUAUAUUGUGUAAUAUGUAUCUAAUACAUUAUUAUUCAUUAUUGUAGUUUUAAAAAUAAGUAGGUUAAUUACGCGUGAUAAUAUUUAUAUAUAAUAUAACUUAUAUUUUAUAAAAAAUACGUAAUAUAUCGUGCUGAACUUUUUACUCGUAAGCCAAGGCACCUUAAAUGGUUUAGUUAAUUUUAUAGAUUUAUAAGAAUGAAUAAAAACUAUUUCUUUCUGAGGUUCAAUGAGGCGCGAUGGUUAUAUUAUGUAAUAAUACAUCAAACUGUACGAAUCAGAUGCCUACCUACUUGCCUACUUUUGACAAAAAAAUACCUCAACCAGAAUCCUUGUACGAAGUACCUGUACCUAUGACAGAUGAAAAUUAAUGCUGAGAAUAUAUUUUCCUAGCUUUUGCAACUCUGAACUUGGUUGUGCUUUCAUAUCAUAACGAAUGUAUGGAUUUAGUUUUAGAUAAGUGUUCUGAUGGUAAUAGUUAUCUAAUAUAAAUAAAUAUUCUAGGUUUUUAAAAUAAAACUACAAAUAUUGCAUUUCUUGUUGCAAAAUAAUAUUUAUGUAAGUAAUCCAUAUAUUUACCACAAAGUUUAAUUUAAAUAAACAGAUUUGCGUAUUUUGUUAUCAUCUACCCACAUAAUUAAAGUAGGUAAGCUCUGAAUAUAAAGAAGAAUGUUGAUUUUCGUUAUAGAUAUAGAUCUUAUAGACUUACAUUUCAAUUUGUACGUAUGUACCUAGUACCUACACUUACUACUUCAAUUGCAUUUCUCCAGUGAGAUGUUAUACUUACCCAGAGGCACGCACAAUAUUCCAACACAACGCGGUUCAAUAUGAUGAAUUCUUCAGACACAGGUUCUUUUUUUAUAAUUAGUACAUAGAUAUAUAUAAACUCAGACAUUCAAUUAAGUAUAUUUAUACAUCUCUGUAAUACAAUUAAGAAGUAAUUAAAUCUUAACCAUAUGUCUGAAAAUGUCUGCAAUGCAUCAUUUUAACUUUUUAUGUAAUCACAUAUUAAACUGCUACAUUUUCCGUCUCUCUCCGUGUAAUAACGUCUCACUGCAUUUGUUUUACCUUGAUAUAGAUUGAUGUGCUUUUGUUAUAGGUAUGUUAAAUUUUUUCUUUGUAAAUAUUUCGUCACAAUUAUACUGCGCGUAUGCGUUAUUGAACAUU